AUGGCACCCAAACAAGUUCAUAACUAUGACGAUAUCGAUGAUGAAUUUCCAAUGAAUAUUCCCUACGAUGAUAAUGCCUCUUCAGAUGGAGCUGGUUUGGUUUUUGAAUCCGAACAACAACAACGACGACGACCUCAUGCUCAAUCAUCACCAUCACCAUCAUCAUCAUACUCGGGCCACAACCACAACAAAUCUUCUGGUUCUAAAUUUCAUGUCCCAGAAACAGCAGGUGGUAUGGAUGGUCUCUCGGACUCUACCAAACACAGUGAUGAUGAUGAUGCAUGUAUGAAUGAAAUUGCCUUGGCCGAUGAAGAAGACUCUUUUGCCAAGACUUCUGGUGAUCCGUUGAAAUCAGCUUCGGUGGGAUCAGCCAGUCAAGCCUCUUCCUCCUCUUCCUCCACCACCUUCUCACCUACCAAUUGGAUCAAAUCACUCACUUCUAAACUGAAAGAGAAUGGACAAAAACUCAAAGAUGUUCUUCUCACUAAAGCCUUCUUACAAACCAUGUUAUUGAAUUUUUCAAUUACGUCAUUCUGUAUCGCGGCAUCAUGUGUCGGAUCUUUGAUUAAUGUUUUCGCCAAACAAACUGGAACAACAAAAGAGCAAGUAGGAAUUGUUUUUACGAUUAGAGGUAUUGGAUCUCUUGUCACAACCAUCAUUGGUGGUUUAGUCAUGGAUGCUUUAAGGAAAUUUAUUGAAAAAAAGAUUAAGGAUCCAAACAGAAAAUCUCUCUAUGAAACACUCACAAUUUAUAGUUUAUUAAUUGUCUCAAUUUUGGUGAUGGCUUUCUCACUUGUUUUAAUGCCUUUUGGAUCCUCACUUUGGUCCUUGUGCAUUGUUUUCUUCAUAUUUGGAGUUGGAAGCGGCUAUUUAGGUAUUUGUGCACAGGCCCUAUUAUUCACCAUUUGGUCAGCGAUGAAAAUUAAUGUGUCUCCAUUUUCACAACUCUUUCACUUCAGUGCUGGUGUUGGCCUUUUUUUGGGCCCAACGGUAGUAAUGGUUGUGAACGCAAUGUUGGGAAUUGACAACUCUCAGUUGGCUAUUGAAGACCAAAGUGAAACUGCAAGCUUAAACAACAUUUUUGAACCAACCCUAAUCAUGGAAAAUGGUACUUCCAUCCUUACCAAUGGUACCAGCACAAAUGGAUUUAUUGAAGGCACCUUAAUUUCCAAGUCAGUCAUUGGAACCAAUGGUGUUAUUUGUGGUUUCUUCUUCAUUUCCAUUUUAUUCUUUUUGGGAUUCAUGAUUUAUUUGUGGAUUAAGAGAGAUUCAAAAUAUGAAAAACCUGAAAGAUUGGUCGAUCAAAAGGAGUUGAAGAAUAUUAAUGGUGACGAGGAGCAAGGAGCAGCUCUUUCAUCCCACGAAAGCAUUGAUGACAUGCACAAGCAUGCAUCUGAACCAACUGCUGCCACUCAGCCAACCACUUCAAGUCGAUCUGAAUUUAUGAUCAACCUUGCAGCCACUAUUUUAGUUGCUUUGGCACUUCUCAACUACUGCAGCGCUGAAGGUACUUACGGAAAUGUUUUGUACAGUUACAUGACAUCAACGAAAUUACUGGACGAUUACGAAGCUAACAUGUUGACCUCUGGUGUUUGGCUCCUAUUUACCAUUGGAAGAGGUGUUGCCAUUCCAAUUUCAUACUUUGUUCCACCAUUUGUCAUGUUAAUCAUUGACAUGAUGGGUGUCACCGUAUCCAUCAGUAUGUUCUGGAUUUUCUCCACCAAUGUGACAGUCAUGAGUGUUGCAAGUUUGAUCUAUGGUUUCUCCAUUGCAUCCUUGUAUCCAACUACAAUUGCCAUUCCUGCUUCCGUGCUCAAACUUGAAAUCACUGGUAUGAUGACAAGUUUGAUGGUUUUGGGUGGUUCUACUGGAGCCAUGGUUGGUCCUAGUGCCACACUUGCUCUCUUCAAGGCCAUUGGACCUAAAACACUUUUUGGAACUGUUACCUUGAAUAUGAUUUGUUUGGCAUCCCUCUUUAUUGCUCUCUAUGUGUUUGGUAAGGUUCUCAACAGAAAGAAGAAUGCAUCUACCUCUACUUGUUCUUCUUCACCCGAUUUGAAAAUGAAAUAA